UAAAAGAAUCAGAUUCUGUUGACAGACCACAGACAGUUCAGAAAGAUUUUCUGUUCUGGAUUUGAAGAAACUGGUCCUUUGAGUAGUUUUGAUUUACAAACCAAACAAUCAGUUCAUCAGUGUUUUGAUCCAUCAGGCCAGUGCUGCAGCAAUGCAUCAGUUCAUUUCCAUUAUGUUUUCACUGCUAGUCAUUACUGGACUGCAGGUGAGUGUUGAGUCCACAGGAACACGUUCUGAGCGAAGCAUCGACAGACGUUACAGAUCAGAGCUGACUGUGCCGAAUGGAGGGAGAUGGGGGUCAUGGGGUCAGAGGGAAAUGUGUCCAACUGGAACAUAUGCUGCAGGGUUCAGUCUAAAGGUGGAAGAUCCUAUUGGUCGUGGGGAUGAUACUGCACUCAACGGGAUUCGCCUUCACUGUGUUGAUCUUUUUCAAGGCUCCUCACACUCGUAUCACGACUAUGCCUCCGUUCAGUCAGAUGUAGGCAGCUGGGGUCGGUGGACUGAUAUCAAAUGGUGUCCUUCUGGAUUCUUGACCGCUUUUCAGCUGAGAGUCGAGAAAUCUCAAGGAGAUGGUGACGACACGGCCGCAAACAACAUCAUGUUCAAAUGCAGUCGAGGGUCUUUACUGCAGGGUGACGGCACAAACUGGGGUGAUUGGGCUCCCUGGAGUCAAACAUGUGAAGGAAAAGGGAUUUGUGGUAUCAAGACACAGAUAGAAGAGCCACAAGGACGAGGAGAUGACACCGCUCUCAAUGACGUGCUCCUGUUCUGCUGCGACUAAGGUGUUAGAGGACGACAACAAGAACAGCAAGAAGAUCAGAUGGGAUUAUAAUUGAUCAGCAUACUGUUAUGAGCUCACAUUAACUGUCAUACAACAGCUAGUCUCAAAAUAAAGCCUGAGAUGUGAUCAGGACCUCAACACAAAGCAGAGGCUGACAGUACAUCUCACUUAUUGUGUCUUAUCAGUUCAUGCAUUUCAAAUCCACAAACUCCAUACUCUACAUUAACCGUAAAGCUGUAAACCCGCUUUUUUCUGAGGGCAUAAUAUCCUAACAUCUAUUAAAAUAUCCAUUUAACUUGA